AUGGUUGGCAAAAUCCCAGCAAGCGCGGACUAUAUCAUCCUUGGUGGCGGCAUAGCCGGUUGCGUCCUUGCUUCACGCCUUAAAGAGGCAAAUUCUUCUUUGUCGAUUGUAUUGAUCGAAGCAGGGCAGGAUCCUACUGGCCAUCCUCUGACAACCGCCCCGCUCGCUUGCUUCGCGGCGCACUAUUCCGAUCUCGACUACGCUUACAGUACCGCGCCCCAAGAGCACUUAGGCGGCCGCCAAUGCUACGCAGCAGCCGCAAAGGCCCUGUCAGGAGGCUCUGCGAUCAAUUACGGUACAUGGACUCGCGGGUCGGCUGCCGACUUUGACUGCUGGGCUGAUCAAGUUGGCGAUUCCGGAUGGAGCUAUCGUGGCCUCCUACCCUACUUCAAGAAGACAGAACAGUAUACCCUCAGUCCUCGGGUAGAUCCCGAGCAGCACGGAACCAGCGGGCCGAUCAAUGUGGUGUCUGUAUCUAGCAGUGAUCCGAUGCGAAAAUACCCCCUUCGAGAACCCAUAGAACGGGCAUGGUUGGAGAUUGGGGUGGAAAAAGCUUGGGACGCCAAUGGUGGUGAACCGCUAGGGCUCACCGAGUUGGCGGAAUCUUGGAGGGAUGGCAAGCGGCAGUGUGCAUCUCAGGCAUACAAUCUGUCGGGUGUGACAGUCCUUUGUUCUACAGUCGUCUACCGCGUAAUUGUCGAAGAUCUAUCAGGGGUGAAGACUGCAACAGCAGUGGAACUAGUUGGGGGUCAGACCAUAACCGCGUCAAGAGAAAUCAUACUUUCUUGUGGGACGUAUCGAACGCCGCAGGUAUUGAUGCUGUCUGGCAUAGGAGCUAAGGAAGAUGUUACACGCCACAACAUCCCGUUGACGGUUGAUUGUCCCGAAGUGGGCCGCAAUUUUCACGACCAUCUAGCAGUGUGUCUCUGGUGGAAGUUGCGGCAUCCCGAGCGGGGUUCUGCGUUGGGAACCCCGGAAUGGAAAGACUUGGCCUACAGCAAAGGGCUUCCAUCUGAUUGGAUUGCUUUCUCGCAAGUUCCGGUCGGGAUCAUAAGCCGAGCGUUGAAUGCCGAUGGCGAGGAUCCCGACGCCCACGGCCUUCUAAAGCCAGAGCGGUGUCACUUGGAAACGCUAGUUGCUUACGCACCCGCUGGCGCGCAACUCGCUGAUGUUGCGAUCCCGCUGGAUGGAACGCAUGUAACGACGGCGGUGCUUGGAAUGACGCCUACUUCGCGCGGCACUGUCGUUAUUACCUCGAAUGAUCCUCAAACGCCACCAAAGAUCGACCCAAAUUACUACGCAACAGAAGCUGAUCGCGAAGCCCUUCGGUACGGCAUUCGUCAAGCUUUACGAUUGCUCCAGGAAACCCAAUCCGGGAGUAGCAUUAUCGAGAACGAAGUUCCUCCCGCUGGAUAUCCGACCCUGAACGCUAGUUCAACAGAUGCAGAAAUUGACGCAAGGGUUAAGCGUGUAGGCAACACCUUUUAUCACGCCGGAGGCUCUGCAUCAAUGGGCAAAGUUGUAGAUACCCAAUUACGCGUAUAUGGUGUCGAUAGGCUGCGCGUCGUGGACGCGAGUGUCAUUCCACUUCCUAUUGCGGCUCAUUACCAGGCGGCUGUUUACGCAAUUGCUGAGAAGGCUGCCGAUUUGAUUCUGCAUUCUGCCAAGUAG